CUGGGGCCUCAGCACUUUUUCCUCGUAGAAGACAGCUAUUUAUCGCUUAUAGUACCAAGCAUUUCAUAUGCCGCAGUCGUACAUUGUUAUUUUCGAACGAGACGGCAACGAGGAGAUCCUCUAUGUAUCAUCCAACUGCCUCAAUGGGCUAGGAUAUACACCACAAGAGAUGGUUGGAACCAGUAUCCUGGAUUACUCCACAGACCCGCACGCCAAGCACUACAGCUGCCAGUGGCCAGCAGACAAUCCUGAAAUGGGCGUUGUGCUUUUGCCGUGCACCGUACGGAACCGCCAAGGAAUGUCGAUAUUUGCCCACGCCCUGUGCAUUAAUUGCAGCGGUCACAUAUUCAGCGUGAUAACAACUUUCCCGGAACUGGGAAAUGUCGAGCUUGGACAGUCAAUCUUGUACAAACUGCAGUUUGAGGCCGAUUUUGAAGGGCAGUCGAGCGACUCUGCCUCAAUCAAGACAAUCGAUUCACGAAGCGGCGAGGGACGGAGGACUAGUGUUGGCGAGACGGCGAGUGGAUUGCCGGAGGGCUGCGGCGACCUGGUCAACCUCGACUACCCAGUGGUAACCAAUGAUACUUUGCGCAGCGCGCAUGUGCAUACUGCCCGGUCGUGCCGCGCCAAGGCAUGUUUUGUUUUGACGCGGGCCGAUACUACCACUGAGACGCAAGGCCCGACAGUUGUGUUUGUGACGAACUCGAUCAGCCGGAUCCUGGGCGACGAUACGGAGGGACAUGAGGUUAUCAACAUGCCUUUCUUUUCCUUGAUCGCGCCAUCAGACAUCACCAAGGCCGCAGGGUUCCUGGACUCGCUGAUGGCUGAUCUCAAGCCCCAAGUAUGUGUUCUAGACAUGCUCCGGAACCCAAACAGCGAGCAGCCAGGAGAGCCUGCGGCUCGGGACACGAUAAAGGUCGAACUGCUGGGCGCAAUUUCCGAUGACGGCGUUGUGCUGCUGUGCCAAAAGGUGCGCAACCAGCGGCAAAGCCAAGGCGGAGCUGACGAUGAGCUUGGAUAUAUGUCGCUGUCCGAGAUCAUCAGCUCUGACCCCGACAGCUCCGACUUCCCCGAGGAAUGGAAUCAGUUCAUGUCGUUCUGAAAGUAUGUAU